AAGCGUGGACAUCUACAUUGAACAAUUGCUAUGCAGAUGUCUUCCAUCUGAAUGAAUACCCCAAUAAGAGCGUAACUCCUUGGCAAUCAGAAUCUCAUCCAACUGGCUAUCCUUUAGAAAGGGGCAGAGAACAUGCACCAGCAAAUAUGCAUGGUAGUGCCAUCCAUCCCAUUAAAUCAGAAUCAAGUUUGAUGAAUCAGAUGUCAGAAUAUGUGUCAAGCUCGCUUAUGCUGGAUAAUGGAGGACACAUGCACAGUGGAGGACAACACUAUGGGAUAAUUAACUCUGGGGUUAAUGCAGAUAGUGUUGAUGUUUCCCUAAUGAGAAAAAACUAUUCCAAUAUGUUUUCCCAAGAAAGUAAUGGUAACAAUUUGUCAGCUGGAGGUUUCCUUGCUUCAUAUGUCCCAGAUGAAUCUUCCAAUCUUAAUUCAAGAUCAAGGCCAUCAACAGACAUUCCAAGCAUUGUAUUGAGUCAUGAUGGCCAAGUAGCACCAAGAAACACAGUGGAGAUGACCAACAUUGAGAACAUAACCAAUUAUGAGAAUCAGAUGAACAGCUCUGUAGAUGACAUGCUUCUUAGUUCACAUGCUUCUAUCCAAACAGUUUUCUCAUAUGAUGAGGACACAUGUCAUGCAGAAUCUGAAGCUAUCCCUGCAGACGACAAGAAUGCUGUUCAUGAAACACAGACAGUAAAACGCUGCAGACUCAGCAAGAGAACGAAAUGGCCUGCUAUUAUAAAGGAUGGUAAAGUUAUCUGCCGAAGAUGCUUUAGAGAAUUCUCAAGCACGAAAUCUCUCGGAGGUCAUCUUUCAAAACGCUCCCAGUGCAAACCAUUAGAUGAAAUGGAUUUAACGGAUGAUUUGCCUACGUCAUUUCUCGACUUUCUCAAUGACCCAAAUGUUCCUGAAACCAAUGGAUCAACAAACAACUUGGUAAAUGUUGAAUUCCCACAGGAAGUUGUUGGUAAUCUCGCCACACCAAAUACCUCUGAUUUGGCACAAAAGGAAACCUCAAAACCACUGGAUUCUCAUUCAUUAAACACCUUUCCUUCAGUUUUGACAGGUGGACAAUCCAAAAUCUGCCCAAAUAAAACAGAAGUUUGGAUAGAAUUGGUACAGUCAAAAAAUCAUGUUGGUAGUCAGCAGAAGGAGGGAAAGUCGAGUGAUAGUCUUGCUGAAAAAAGGUCAAAUACAACUUCCAUUGCAGCAUGUCAAGAUGACAAGGUUAUAGAAAUUCAAAAUGCUUUACAAAUGUUGGGUUUAGUUGAAGCUGCACAUGAGAAAAGUUUGCAGGAAAAUUGUUCCUCAAAGUACAAUGACUGCCAAAGCAAUGCAAUCUCAAGCGAUAAUGUCAUGCAAAAAGAUAGUGAUCAAAGCACGACAACAAAAACGAUUAUGAAGGAGGACCAGAAUCGUGACAAUGGCCCCAAGCCAUUCAAGUGUGAAAUGGAUAAUUGUGAAUAUGGGUUCAUGACCAAAGAGGCGUUGUUCAGACACCUUGCUCGAGUUCAUGAUUACACAAUUGAGAUGAUUGAGGACCUCAAGAAAACCCCAGUCAAAUUCUCUCCAUAUCCUUGUCACAUUUGCCAGAAAACAUUUACCAGAACCACAGGCCUAAGAAUUCACUAUGAAAAAGUUCACCACCUGACGCAGGCAGAGAUGAACAAGUUAAAGGUUGGAAGUCGCAAAAAAAAGUCAAGCAACUCUACUAUCGAAACAGAGGUAGAGAGUAGUAAUGGAACUGGAUCUUCAGUUGUGUCGACUUUAAUCAAACAAGAGCCACUUGAUAUUGACAUUGGCUGUCCAAUGCAAAGCACAGAUCAAGAGGGACAUGCACAGUCCUCUGAGAUUACAGCAGGAGAUGUAGUACAAGAGGAUUCUUUCCAUCAGUUAACAGUUGAGAGGGUGCAAUCACCACAAGAUACUCUGGAGGACCUUGACAAGUCAUUUUACCAGUUAGAAUCACCAUCAAAGACAGGAUACACCAAGAAUGAGCCAACAAUGACAGCCAUGCAAAUGAACCACACCCCAGUGUUGAAGCAGAAAUUCAGUCAAGGUGACACUCUAAAAGAGCCAGAAGCAUGUUCGAACACUAAAUCUUUUAGCCAUGCAACAGAGGCGAUAUCCAGCCAGGCUGUGAAACCCUCACUUGAAAAAGCAAGUUGUUCAAAAAACACAAUAUCUAAAGAUGAGGUUCAUGUCCAAAAGAAAGAAAAGAUUCAAAAAAGGUUGGGGCUUCAACUGUGUGAUGCUGACAAUUCUUUCAGUCCAUAUAGGCCGUACCGUUGUGUUCAUGAAGGAUGCGCUGCAGCUUUUACGAUCCAGCAAAAUUUGAUACUUCACUGUAGGGCUAUGCAUCAGUCAUCCCUUCCCCUGCCUUCAGGAGACCUUGGUACUGACAUCCCUGGUCAACAAGCUGCUGAAGUUCAGAAUAAUGAAAUCAGAUGUCAAGUGAAAGACUGUUCACGGAUAUUCCCGGGGAUCACAACCUUAGUGCAGCAUUACCUAUUGCUUCAUAAAUUCACUCGAGAUAAAGCCACUGUUAUGAUGUCAAGCAUCAAGGUAGGGACAUUCCAGUGUGACCGGUCAGAAUGUACACUCUCCUUCACCUCUGUGGAGAAAUACAUUGACCACAUAAAAAACUUUCACAAGGAAAUUAACAUCUCUGAGAGAGGCAGUGUGGAUCAGACUUUCAAGUGUGCGUAUGAUGGCUGUGACCGGGUCUACACUACAAAGUCAAACCUCCUUCGUCAUGAGAUGAAAAAGCAUAAUUUAAUUUAUAUUCCCAGAACACAGCAACAGAGAACAACAGGCGUCAUUCCCAACAAUGGUAAAGAGAACAUUGAAAACAAAUUCAAAGUGAAGAAGAAAAACACUAAGAAGAAAGAUGACAAAUCACCUGACCACUGGACUAGCUUCGGAAAACCCUCUCUGAAAUCUAUGGAUGAAGCAUCUGCCAUGUGCACAAAGAACUUCUCUUUGCAAUACCCAUGCAUGAUAAAAGGCUGUGAUGCUGUUGAGCGGGCUGAACGGAAUAUAUUCAGACAUUACACCACACAUGGCCUCACUGAGAGAUAUAUAGAGGAUCAGAGAAGCCAGUUCAUUUUCUGCAAAAAGUACCCACGCUCAAGAUUCAAAGAUGCAAACAAAUCCGAGGGUAUGUCAACAGACGCCUCCGCUGAGGAGACAGACCCUAAUGAGAGUGAACCUGAGAUUUCAAAGACCAACUGUCAGAGGCAAGAAGCGUUGGAUGGUGUCAUUCAAGCAGAGGCUAAACUGUCAACUGAUGCUUGUUCUGAAUCCCAGUCUUCUACUUCAGAGGUCAAAAAGAGGGGGCGUCCCCUAAAAUCGGAGCGGCGAGCAUUAGCUUGUCCGGACAGAAGAUUGACUCUGAGAAAUCGUCCGGCAGAUAAAGUUUACGAGUUGACAGACGCUUCAGACCAGGGCUUCACUGCUUCUCAAGAGGAAGAAACAGAGGAUGGCGUUGCACUGGACACUUUGUUAAAGUUCCUGGAAACUUCACCAUCGACCCACACUCCCAAAAGAAAAAUGAGUGGAGAUUCAAGAACGGAGUUGCCAUUAAAACAGCAGCGUACCUUUCAGCAGAACACGGCCAACAUUAUAUGCGAUACACCUGAUAUAUUUAUUGAAGCCUGUCAAAACCUUGUAGACUUCAGAAAUCCUCUCAGUCUUCAGUCGGUGAACAAUGUGAAGAUAGUAAUGGACAAAACCUUUUCCAAUGGUGCUGAGCUUUUGCUAAAGCAACUUCAAGAUAUGCGACCCAUGGUUUUAAUAAAAAAGUGGCUUCAUAGUUGAUGGAUUGCUCACAGCCUGAUGUUUUUAUUUUUUACUCUUAACUCAGGAUUAGAAAAGUAACAUGCUGCAAACAUAUGUUAAUAUUGUUCAGAUCUCAUGGUAAACUGUUUUCACCAUUAAACAAUUGAAGGAGAAUUUUCUACUUAUUAUGGUUGAUUGUAAGUUUGGGUAAUGUGUGUUAGUCAUAUAAGAACCAGGUAAUCUAUAGGGAACAUAGACUUUAGAACAUGUUUGUAUUUAUGAGGCUUCUAGUACUAAUUGUUUUUGCUAAAUGAAGAAUUUUAAGGAAAAACAGUUUUUAUAUAUCCCUAUGGGAUUAUAUUUUUUUGUUUAUUUAAAUGUUUCAACACUAGUAUCUGUAAUAUUUACAUGUCUUCCACAAAGUGUUAAAUAAAAUGUAACUGUUUGCCUUUGUAAAACUUGUUUGCAUGAUGUUAUUUACAUUCAGUAUUAUAAAGCAACUAUGUGAAGAGCC